AAAGCAAUCAUUGUGCCAUGCUUGUGCCGUCACUAUAUUCCGCCCCAUCCAGAUGGGCUGGCAGCACAAAGGAGACUCAGCCCCCUCUAUAUACCAGGCUCUAUCCUAGGCUCUCUAAUUUGUGAAAGGCCGCGUUGUGAUGUCGCUUAUUUUUUUUAAAGGACCCCAGCAGCCAAUCAGCAGUCGUCUUGCUUUGCCCGGCAGCCAAUCACAGAGCGCGUUAUUGUUUGGCAUCCCGCUUCUCUGUCGCACACACUGUAGCCGUUACUAGCUUACAACCUGUUUCCGUUCCCAGCGCUGAACAAUUGACAUCCUUUUGUCGGGGCGGGGAUUGGUCGUGCGGCGCGGACAGUAACGGUUAGACGUUCGGAGGCUGCAUGAGCGCACCAUGGCCGAGUAUGCAGAAGACCCCUCACUCCUCACCAAAGAGAAGCUGAAGAACGAACUCAUCGCGAAUAACAUCGUCCUGCCGAGCGGGCAGCACCCCAAGGAUGUGUACGUGCAGCUGUACCGCCAGCACCUCAGUUCCCGCAACCGCGCCACCCCCGAAUUCUCCAGCGACGAAGAGAGGGAGUCCACCCCGGUGCGGGGCAGAGGACGGCCGCCGGGACGGAAAGCGACAAAGAAGACAGAUAAACCAACUGUAGAAGGAAAGAAUGAUCAAGACAUAACUUCUCUCAGUAAUGAUGCUCUCAAGGAAGAACUGCUAAAAUAUGGAGUAAAACCGGGUCCUAUAUUAGGCAGUACAAGGAAAGUUUAUGAGCAAAGGCUUUUAAAGCUGAAGGAGCAGCAAGAUGUGGUGUCUAUUGCACCUCCUGUAGCAGAGUUGUCAACUGCAGAUAACAAACAAAAUGGAAACACAGAUUCUACACAGUACAGUGACAAUGACGAGCCCAGGACAGAUCUGGCAUUUGAGCCUAGAGAGCCGCUGAGGAGUAAACCAAAGGCCCAGGUAGCAUCACGGUCCAAAAGGCUGGAGCAAAAUGAGAUAGUCGAAGAUGCUGAAGUCCUGUCAGAGUUAAAUGUCAAACGAAGUAAUAGGCGGCCUCCGAAGGAUGUUUUGCCUGAGAUUGAGGAGUUAACUAACAUUUCUGCUGAUGCUGAUUCUGAGUCUCAAAAGAUGUUGGAGUCUGAGAAAGGUGGCCGUCUUCAAGCUGUUUUUAAAGAGACAACAAAAGUAACAAGAAGAACACCACGGAAGAGGGUGGUAACUGCAGAACCUAUUGAUGAUGCAGAUAACUCUGAGGCUGCGCCUAUUCCCGAAACUGUUUUGCCUUCAAGCAACCAACCUCUAGCUAAUGCAGGAUUCUCUCAGUUUGAGUCCCGUCAGGUUGAUUAUCAGGUGACUGAAAAUUUCAAGCAUGCAAACGCUUUGCGAUCAGUCAGUGAGUUCACAGAUUUGUCAAGAAGGACCCCAAAGAAACAGCUGAUCAGUGAAAAAGUCUUUGAUGUUCAAAAUGUUGGUCAUACAGAUCCAAGUGAUGUUCUGAACACUGCAGUAAUUGAGGAUACAGGAAACAUCAGUGACCAUCGUCUGGAGACUCCAAACAAGACAAGACAGUUGAAAAUAACAAAGUUUGUUACCCCCAUUAAAAAGCAGAUAAUAGAAAAAACAUUUACAGAAGAAAAGCGAGAAGAAAGAGAUAUUUUGAAGCAAAUGUUUCCAUAUGAAACUACAACACCCACAGGGAUAAGUGCAAGUUGUCGUAGACCGAUAAAAGGAGCUUCAGGUCGACCUUUUAAUCUCAAAGAUUACAAAGAUUACAAAUUAGAGGAAAGUUAUUCUUCUAAAUAUCUCUCAAAGUACCAACCAGUAAUUGAAGAGAAGACUUCUACAAAAGGGAAAAGUGGACGAUCCAUCCCCAUUUGGAUAAAGUUCAUUAUUCUUCUUAUUUUGGUUGUGCUUGGAUUCUUGGUUUACCAAGCUAUGGAAUCCAAUGCAGCAAACCCUUUUGCAAAGUGGCUCCAGGGAAACCAAAAUUUAAACAAAGAGGAAAACUGAUUUCACUUAUUCAGCAUAUUUUAACAGUCCUAAGUACAAAAACUGCCAUUUGUCAGGAACCUGCAAAUAAUGUGACUACACCUCAAUCCCAUCUGUACAUUAAUAAAUAUGGUACAUAUGGACAUCUGCAAUUUAUUUUCUGUGGACAGCUAGAAGAGGACUGUGCCAUAACGAGUAAUGUUAUUUUUAUUAGAUAUCGAGCAGCAUUUUGUAGUAUUUCCUAUUUUUUUAACAGGAAUGCUUUAGUUACAGAAUACAUUGUCAGAGGAAAUCAUAAGGCAAUGAAUUACUUUCUUGAAUUCACUUGGCAACAGAUCAUGCUUCUAGGUAGCUUUGUGUGAAAUACUAGAAAACAGCUAACAUUGUAAAAAAUCUUAAUUGGGAAAUGUUUUGAUAUAGCUAUGUAGUUUAGCCUGCUACAAUUAUGCUGAUAAAAUUGCAAUAUUUUUUAUAACGUUCAUUCUGUGGUUCAAAUUUAUUUCUUUUAAGUAUUUCUGCCACAGAAAAGUAUCUACUGUGUAUCAUACUUGCCAAUUCAUUUGACAUAUGAUCUUUCAAAAUAUCAUGCAAUUAAAUAAAGAAGAUAUAAAAAAUUUUUUUUUAAUAUAAGAGUAUUAUACUCUGAUAGUACUUAAGUGAAGUUCCAGGAAAAUGCUUGUUACAGGAUCAUGGUUUGCUGGUUUUUAAAGCAGUCUUUUUACUUACUGUGAAUAUUGUCGCUAAUAUGUUGAUGUAUAAUAAUUCAUGUCAAUCUUUCAUAGGUAAAAAGCAAAACAUUAAUGUAGCCGUUGCCCCUUCAUUAAACAAAUCAGCCAAAA